CCCAGAGCGCGCGAGCCCCACGCAGGCCGGUGCUCUGCGAGCGGGAGCCGCGGGCUUUACUCUUCCCCGAUUGUUUACGAGCCCAGCUCCCGGUCCACGCGUCUCCUUUCCGAGGCCCACGAGAGAACACGUAGCGACCCCGAAGAUCAGCCCCAAUGAACAUGUCAGUGUUGACUUUACAAGAAUAUGAAUUUGAAAAGCAGUUCAACGAGAAUGAAGCCAUCCAGUGGAUGCAGGAGAACUGGAAGAAGUCUUUCCUGUUUUCCGCUCUGUAUGCUGCCUUUAUAUUUGGUGGUCGGCACCUAAUGAACAAACGGGCGAAGUUUGAACUGAGGAAGCCAUUAGUGCUCUGGUCGCUGACCCUCGCAGUCUUCAGUAUAUUCGGUGCUCUUCGAACUGGUGCUUACAUGGUGUACAUUCUGAUGACCAAAGGCCUGAAGCAAUCAGUCUGUGACCAGAGCUUUUACAACGGGCCCGUCAGCAAAUUCUGGGCUUACGCGUUUGUGCUAAGCAAAGCGCCAGAACUAGGAGACACGAUCUUCAUCAUCCUGAGGAAACAGAAGCUGAUCUUCCUGCACUGGUACCACCACAUCACUGUGCUCCUGUACUCCUGGUACUCCUACAAAGACAUGGUGGCUGGGGGAGGCUGGUUCAUGACCAUGAACUACGGCGUGCAUGCGGUCAUGUACUCCUACUACGCACUGCGGGCCGCAGGCUUCCGCGUGUCCCGGAAGUUUGCCAUGUUCAUCACCCUCUCCCAGAUCACGCAGAUGCUGAUGGGCUGUGUCAUCAACUACCUGGUCUUCUACUGGAUGCAGCAUGACCAGUGUCACUCUCACUUUCAGAACAUCUUCUGGUCCUCACUCAUGUACCUCAGCUACUUCGUGCUCUUCUGCCAUUUCUUCUUUGAGGCCUACAUCGGCAAAAUGAGGAAGACCGCCAAGGCCGAAUAGUGUCGGAACUGAGGAGGAAGCCACAGCUCAGGGUCAUCAAGAAAACUAACAGACAAAAGAAAAUGGCACAAGGAAUCACACAUGGUGCAGCUACAACAAAACAAAACAAAACACACGAGCAGACACAAACCCCGAGGCAGCUUAGGGAUAAUUAGGUUGACUUAACCCAGUAAGUUUAUGAUCCUUUACGGGUGAGGACUCACUGCGUGCACCGCCAUCUCCAAGCACUGCUGCUGGAAGACCCCACUCCCAUACCUUACCUGUCACCUCUCGACAAAUGACAACACAGAGAUCUCGAGGCAGAGAGACCAGAGAAAGCAGGCAAAGGCUGUCAACACUCUAUGGGAAAAAGAUGUAGCUAAGUGUUACGUUUCUCUAAGGAUGGAACAAUGUCACUUUCAAAGCUGUGCGAGCACACACACACACACACACACACACACAAAUCCUUUCUGAUCCUUUCAACACAAAACUGGAGCCAGUAGAAAAGAUAGUAACGGAAGAGACACAGGGUCUAUAUCUAGAACAAUAAUGCUUUUGCAGAAAUUCACACCUUUUACAGAAAGGUUAGCUCUUGUAGCUCCAUGAGAGAUGUCUUAAUCACUUUUUAUUUCCAAUAGAAAAUAGAUUGAUAUUUCCCCCCUCACUGCGCAGCCUCGGGCUGAUGAGUUUGCCAAAACCACACGGGAUUCAGUACUUUCCCUGGGCCACCCAGACCCAGGCCAGAGCAUUCCCGCUAUUUCUACUCCGAAGUAAGAUGCACAGCGUUCACUUGCCCCAGACUUGAACGCAAGAACAGAUGCAGAAAUGAAAGCGGAAAUAAGGCAAAAACAAUACCAGACGACUUGAAUGAGGAGUCGUUCCUGCCCAUAACAACGCUCGGCCCGACUCCCCGGGCUGGAAGAGGCCAGAGACGAUGGGAAGACACAAGCUGGAGAACAUGCUGCAGACGGACAAUAUUUAUGCCUUUUCUUCCGUGACUUCACACAUGCCCCCGCUUCCAAAUGCAGCCCUGUGGGACGGUCCGUGUUUUCUAGAUUUUUGUGAGUUGCAAAAAGAAGCGUUUUGGGCUCUGGCUAAGUUGGAAAGGACUCUGUCCCCGCAACAUCUGCAUUAGCUCCCCAAGCAAUGCAGAGGCGUCGGAAGCGCCCUCUGCUGGCUGAGGGGAGAGACUGCAACCAAUGCACAUCACGGUAGAUCACAGAGAGCUCCUUAGAUGAAUCCUUCAAAUUUUAAAUGAUAUCAAACACCUAUCAUGUCUUUGGCCGAAUACGAAGACAGCUUUCCUGCUUCAAGUGAGCGUCAAGAAAAAUUUUUGAAAGGGACUUUUGCUCUGGAACUCAGAAAAUCAAUUUAUUAAGAGCCAUAUUCUUUUUUUUUUUUUUUUUUUAAGCUAGAUUAUAUUAUCUAUAAUAUUUCAGGCCUCUACAAGCCAAAUAAAUGUGUCAAUGUUACUAGUAUUUCAAAGAAACAAUUAUGUAAAGUUGUUCAAUGUGAUAUAAUAGUAUUCUAAUUGGUUAAGUAGCUUAAUGAUUAGGCAAAUUAGAUGAAAAGAUUAGGGGCUACUACACUGCAUAGAUUACACACAAGUAACCAUACAUAUAUGCACACACAGGUGGGGCUCAGUGAGCCCCAAAGCCCAAAUCAAUAGGAACACAUUUUCUGGCUAGCAGAAACUGUUGUUUAUCUUUCUUGCUUUAUUUUGAGAGUGUACAGUAAAAGGGAUUUUUCAAAUUAUUUUUAUAUUAUUUUAGCUUUAAUUGUGUUGUCAUUCAUGAAACAGAGUGGCUCUGCUUUUCUGUCAGAGAUGGCAAGAGCUUUUUCAGCAUCUUGUUUAUGUGUGAAAUUUAAAAAGAAUAAAGUUUUAUUCCAUUCUGUGUGAAUGGCUUGAACUGUGAACAGGGGAUCCAUGCAAAGCAAGUCAUGACCUCAGAGGACGGAGACAGGGCUGUCCGGGGAAGGAAGCCAUUACAUCCAUGUGACAUAACUGUGCACACUCCAGUGCCCUGAUGUUGAUUCUUAGAGGAGAAGAGAUAGGUCAAGAGAUCUACUACCACAGGGCGAAAUUUGGACCUGAGAUGCAAAGAUUGGUCCUGCUAAAACUAAAGGAUUCUUAGGUUGCAGAUGUUCCUGUGAACUUUGCAGCUAUCUGAUAAUGUGCAAUAAGCCUUUUUCUUCCCCUUUAUUAUAGGAAAUGAACAGAAUAAUUAAAAAGAAGAAAAGGCCACAUAUCAGUUGACUUGAGUUAAUAAAGGGAUCAGUUAGAGGCUCCUCUGGUUGCUUUAAUUAUAUAAUGCAGUGAUUUAUCAUAGAGCACAGAUUAAAACAAGGACAGCAGCAUAAACCUUAAAAAGACUCUACAAGGAUGCUUCCAAAGCACUUUCAUCUUGAUAUUAGGGUCAUGCUUGUGUUCAUUUGUAAAGUAACUUAGAGUUUUUGUUUACAGAUUGAAUGUCUCAUAGUUUUUACCUAGCUAAUUAUAUCUGAAGGCAUUUCCGAUGUUUAUCAUGGGAAGAAAAAAGCCACACAUUAAAAAAAAAAAAUAAGUCUAGUAUUGCAGGUUCCAUACACUGUUUUUAACAUCUCAGCUUUGCUGCUUUAGUUAAAUGAAGAGCUGAGGCUGGACCCCUGGCCCAUGACCAACCGGAAACCUACCAGAGAAUUGACUGCCACAUAGAGAAUCUUACUGUCAGUUAACAUUCCAGAAAAACUUGGGCAGACAAAUUUUUAUAGCUGCCCCACUAUGCUGCAAUAGGUUAUCUUUCUAUUAAAGAUUUUCCACGGCAUUCCAAUCCCAGUGUGGUGAAAACAUUCCUGGAUCAAAUACAAAAUCCUUGAUUUCCUAUACACAUAUAUAACAUUUCAUGCACUCUGUCAGAGCUUAAACUCAAAUGCGUAGUGAGAAAUGCCCUGUUUGUACAGCAGAGGAUUUUAUCUGGACCUUCUAGUGUUGCUUAUGAGAAAAGAACAACUAUUGUUAUUUAUUUAUUGUAUUUAUAUCCAGUGCUAGCCCAAAGUACCAAAUUGAAAUCAUACAUUAAGGCUACUAUUCCAGGUAAUUUAUUCCCAUUUUUUCCUAAUCAUAUGCACUACACAAAUGCGGGUUUGGGGAGAAUACAUGCAUGUGUGUUGGUUGAGGAGAAAGAUGCUCUGUUUUCUUAGAGAGGCUUGUUUGUCCAGUGACUGAUAUCUUGACUCAGCUGGAAGCCUUGAAUAUAAAAACAUUAGGAACCUAGGAGAACACUUGUAGUAGGGAGACUCACAGAUUUCCUUUUUAAUUGGCUGUAGUAUCUUGUGAUACCGCAGAGUCUAUUGCAACAGAGUAACAAAGCAUCCGGAGCUGACUGCACUGGAGUGAAAGGUUCCAAAGGUCUGGGUGUGUUCCCAGACUGCUGAGUUACCUGGGAGAGGCGAAAUGCUCAGGUUCUUUUCUUUUUCUCUUAGAACAAGCUCUACUCAGACAAUGUGUGUGUGUCCCAAUGAGUCAGCUGAAGCCCAUUCUGAGGGCUUUUUUCCCAGCUUGGACAAUGGUUCUUUAACAGCGUCAUUGGGUUGACCCAGUGGUGAUUCCAGGGAGCUCGUGGGAGGAUGGAGGAAACCAGACAGAUGUGGCCUCCCAGACUUUGGAGCGCUUAGUCAUAUGAUCAUGGUCCAUGCUCGUCUUGCUUUGACACUUCCCUGGACCAGUUUCCAUCCUGAAAAGCGACACGUGUGAGAAUACCAUGAUGCAAGCCUGAAACUUUGCAGUAGUCAAAUGUAUCUUUCUCCAAUCUUUUUGUCUUCGGUAAUAAAUAUUUUGCUAUUCACUUGGGAUGCUGGUAGAGCCUGUUCUGUUCUAUCCUUGUCUCCUCAGCUCUUGAGAGUCUUCUGUCCCUUUUAUAUUUACAUACAACACCCAGUUCUUUGUGCCUCAGACUCAUUGCCAGCAGGGAGGAGUUUUGCUAGGAAUGCACCAGAGCAUUUGACCUGCCCUGUUCAUGCACAAAGUGACAGCUGAUAAAGCAAGGGCACCCCAUUUUGCCCUGGCAGUCGGUAGGAAGUGCUAAGUCUGAACUCCUGCACAUUGGUGCCUGAUGAUGCAAAGCAGGUCAGUGUAGUCCCCGCAUCUUGGAUGCCCAUGGGGACAGCUGCAGUUACAAAGACCUGCAAGUCCUACGGCAGAAUCUAGCUGAAGAACCCAGUUCAGAACUCCUGUGCAAAGCGUCAAAGAUUGUGCUAAGCCUGUAGAAUCAUCAGGUUACUUUCUUGAACAGUCAGGGCUGCGGGGAGAGUGCAGGAGGCCCCCUGUCCUCCCUGUGUUGUUAGGGUGACAGCUGUUGUUCUGGCAGGGCAGAGGGACAGGGACAGCACAUUCAUGAGUGUGAGGGCUGGAGGAGGGCUCAGUUGCUGCACCUUGAUUUUCAGUCAGGCAGGGGAACCCCACAGUCGAGUCCUUAUCACCAGAACGCCACACCUGUAACUGCACAGUCAGUCGUGAACUCUUCCUGCAGUUAAAGACACCAGUUCCAUGGAUAAGGGUCCAGUGAUAACUUCAGCCCGUUGAGGGCACAACUGUGACAUCCUGGCUCCUGUUGGUGUUUUAAGUGCUGUUGCUUUUCCGAUGCUUGGUGGCAUUUGGGAUUUUUCCUCCCAGUGGACAAAAAUCAAGAAGGCUAUGUAAGUAGCCUAACAGUGCUUCCUGGCCUGUGGUCAUGAUUGUUUCAGACCCACCUGCGGAGUGAGGGGUGUUCGGGCUGCUCCCAGCUACACUGAGAACUGCUGGACACGCAACUGGAGGGGCCCAGUCUGUUCAGAGGGAGACCCGCCUGGCGCAGCCUCAGCAAAUCCUGGCAAUGUUGGAAUUGUUAUUUUCAAGUGCUUAUUUCACAACAUUAAAAGAAAUAUUUUUUGGUGUAUGAAGAUUAAAAAAAUAAAAUCAUAACUUGAUUUGAAA